AUGACUGAUGAGUAUGAGUGCUCAGAUAAGGAGAAACGCAGAAGGAUUAUUGAGAGUCUCAAAGGGCCAGCGCUGGAGAUCAUUCAAGCAGUGCACAUGUCUAAUCCCAUGGCAAACUAUAUGGAUUACUUACAGGCAUUGGAAAGUACCUUUGGAACCUCAGAAUCCGGGUCAACAGUGACCAUUAUCUUUGAGGAUUGGUAUAGAGCCAACAUACCAACAGUCCCUAUACAGCCCAUUUCCAAUCUAGCCAUCUGGGGCCUAUCAGCUGAGUCCUAUCCCUACCAUGGGUAUGUAGUAGUAGAGAUAGAGUUCCCUGAGGAUGUAGCAGGUGUCAAGGGUCCCCUUAACGUCCUCGCUCUCGUCUGUCCUGAGCCCCCACAAGGUCAUGAAACCCCUGUAGUGGUUGGUACCAACGCUUUUCUGUUCAGCCGCCUAUUUCAGCUGUGCAGAGAUAGCGGUAGUGAGAACAAAGUCAGCUCCAUGAGGAUACAGGCAGUUUAUGAUAAAAUCCAAACUCAGUCCCUAGGAUCCCAUGCAGCCGACGAUCCCAUAGGGCAAGUGAAAUGGCAAGGUCCAGGGCCACUUACCAUUGCUCCCGGAAAAAAAUGUUAUGCCACGUGUAAAGUAGAGCAGAAAAGAACUAAACCCCAAGACGUUGUUUUGGUUGAAGCACCUGCCAUGCCCCAACUCCCAUCCGGCAUGUUGGUCCAGCCAGGUGUUCUCCGUGAAAGUGACAUGGAUGAGAACAGUUUCAUCGUUCUAUUACAGAAUGAGUCAGAAAAACCCACCUCUAUCCAAGUCGGCACAGUUAUUGCCGAGAUGCAUGCAGUGGACGUAGUCACCGACCCUAAAGUUUUAGAACCUGAAGCUAGUACCAUAGCUCCCGAACUUUUUGGUGACUCUCCUGCCCCUCCAGAAUGGAAGAAAAGACUACAGCAAAAGCUAGCGCAGAGAUGUAAUGUUUUCUCUCUUGAUGAAUGGGAUGUGGGGUUAGCUAAAGACGUAGAACAUAACAUCCACCUUAGCAACUCUACCCCCUUCAGAGAGCGUUCACGUCGUUUAGCUCCGGCUGAUAUUAAUGAUGUACGACAACACCUACAGCAGCUGUUAGCUGCAGGCAUUAUCAAAGAGUCUCGAAGCCCAUUCGCAUCACCUAUUGUUGUAGUGCGAAAAAAGAAUGGCUCCAUCAGAAUCUGCAUCGACUACAGAACUUUGAACAGUCGUACUAUCCCCGACCAGUAUAUCAUCCCUCGUAUUGAUGACGCCUUAGAUUGUCUUACAGGCAGCAAAUGGUUCUCAGUCCUCGAUCUUAGGAGUGGGUACUACCGAAUUGCCAUGUCCGAGCAAGAUAAGGAAAAGACUGCAUUUAUCUGCCCCCUGGGGUUCUAUCAAUUUGAACUAAUGCCACAAGGCAUCACAGGAGCCCCAGCCACUUUUCAGCGGCUCAUGGAGAAGGCAGUGGGUGAUAUGCACCUUCUUCAAGUCCUAGUGUACCUUGACGACAUAAUCGUCUUUGGUAGAACACUCGAAGAGCAUGAGCAACGUCUCCUCAAAGUCUUAGAUCGCCUUGAGGAGUUUGGUCUGAAAUUGUCACUUGACAAAUGUCAGUUCUGUCAGUCCCAAGUCAAAUAUGUUGGUCAUAUUGUCUCAAAAGAUGGUAUAGCCACGGAUCCAGAAAAAGUAGAGGUUGUCAGGAACUGGCCAGAGCCAACAGAUCUGAAAACCCUUCGCUCAUUCCUUGGUUUCUGUGGGUAUUAUCGCAGAUUUAUUGCAAAUUAUUCAAGCAUAGUCCGCCCAUUAACUGAGCUUACCAAAGGUUAUCCACCUACUCAGAAAAACAAGCGAUCUCAAACCAAAUACCCAACCAAAACGUACCUCAAACCUACUGAGCCAUUCAAAGAGCGAUGGGACCACUCCUGUCAAGCCGCAUUCAGAAAAAUCAUUGAAUGUCUGACCAAUGCCCCUGUUUUGGCAUUUGCAGACUCCACUAAACCUUAUGUCCUACAUGUGGAUGCUAGCCUGAACGGGUUAGGUACCGUGCUCAAUCAAGAGUACCCCGAGGGCCUUAAGCCUGUUGCUUUUGCUAGCCGAAAGAUCAGUGAGUCAGAACGAAACUAUCCGGUCCAUCAACUGGAGUUCUUAGCACUUAAGUGGGCGGUCGUGGAUAAAUUUCAUGACUAUCUUUAUGGAGCUAAGUUCACGGUUAGAACCGACAACAAUCCCCUAACCUACGUGUUGACCACCGCAAAGCUAAAUGCUGUUGGACAUCGUUGGCUUGCAGCUUUAGCCACGUACGAUUUCAACAUCCAAUAUCGUCCUGGUCGUCACAACAUAGACGCAGAUCUAUUGUCCCGACAACACACCAAUGACACUGAAUGGACAGAUGUUCCACAGUCUGCAAUAAAAGCUAUCUAUCGAUACAGAACAAGUGUAAUGAGAUCACUACAUGAUGAAUGUGGACAUCUAGGAGUCGAGAAGACAACAGAACUCCUCAAAGACCGUUUCUAUUGGCCACGCAUGAAUGCUGAUGUGGACCAGUACAUCAAAACAUGUGGACGUUGUGUCUCUCGCAAAACUCUCCCACAACGGUCAUCGCCACUCAGUCAAAUCACUAGCAAAGGUCCUUUAGAUCUAGUCUGUAUUGACUUUCUUCAGAUUGAACCAGAUAACAAAGGAGUUGCUAAUGUAUUAGUAGUGACUGAUCAUUACACAAGGUACGCACAGGCAUUCCCUACAAAAGACCAAAAGUCAGUCACAGUUGCAAAAGUAUUAUGGGAGAAGUACUUUGUGCAUUACGGAUUACCUGCCCGGAUACACUCAGAUCAAGGUCGAGACUUUGAAAGUCGCCUUAUCAAAGAGCUCUUGUCUAUGCUAGGUAUCCGAAAAUCACGUACCUCACCAUAUCAUCCGCAAGGAGAUGCUCAGCCAGAACGUUUCAACAGAACCUUGCUAUCAAUGCUUGGAACUCUUGAACAUGUACAGAAACAAAACUGGAGUCAGCACAUCAGCCAGUUAGUACAUGCCUAUAACUGCUCAAAGAAUGAGUCUACUGGAUAUUCUCCAUACUAUCUAAUGUUUGGACGUAAUGCCAGAUUACCCAUUGACAUUUGCUUUGGCGCUGUUCUUGAAGAUGACGCGGAGAUGACUCACCUGCAGUACGUCGACAAAGUGAGAAAAGAACUCAAACAAGCAUACCAUCUAGCUACCGAGAAUGCAACAAAGAACCAUUUGAGGAACAAGUCACGUUAUGACCAAAGAGUAAGAGACCAACCUUUACAAGAGGGAGACAGAGUUCUGAUAAGAAACGUUGGCCUUACUGGUAAACACAAACUGCAAGACCGAUGGAAGUCAAUACCUUACAUUGUCAUCACACAGCUGCCAAACCUACCUGUGUACAAGGUAAAACCGGAACAAGGAUCUGGAGGUGUCAAAACUCUACACAGAGACCAUCUGCUACCAAUCGGUUAUCUUGUCAGAAUCGCAGAUAACUCAGUUUCACCUGAAAGAGUAAGAACACCAGUUACUAGAAGACGUUAUGCCAACAGACGUCAGAUACGGGACCAAGAAGACCGAUUAUCUGAUGUCUUGCCAGACACAGAAUCUGAGAAUGAGUAUGUCUACCAGUACCCCACCAUUUCCAGUGACCAUAUUCAGGGACAUGAAUUCAGGUCAGACAGACCUAACACAGAAUCUCUUCACUCUGAUAAUUCCCCCUCAUCUGAGAGUGAACCGGAAUUGGAGGAAGGACCUUCUGAAAGUUCUCAUGAAGAGGAAUGUCAGCCAUCAAAUGUGGAAGGAGACACCAGUGAUACGGCUGCAGACACCGAAGCGGAGUUGAGGACUCCUGCAAGACCUAAAACUCGAAAGUCAAAGCGAGAGGUGAAACCAGUAAUCCGUUUGACCUAUGACAAACCUGGAACGCAGUCUGAGGAACCUGUGACUAUUCUUCCAGCUUUACACCUGCCUGCCCUCCUGCCACCUUUUGCUCACUGGAUCUCUCAGAACCCAGGUCAGCCAUUCCACUCUGCCCAGCUCACCCGGAGAUACACCUUGUUCCCUCAGAGCAACUCUAAAUCCACCUGCAAUUGCCACCACACUUCAGCCAUGACUCAGUCCACCUCGUUAGCUCCCCCAGGCUCUCACCCUGCUAAGUGGUUUCUGGGCACCAACAUCUCUGCCAACUUCACCUGGACCCACAACACCAUCGCCCUGGAAAAGAAGGCCCAGCAGCGGCUGCACUUCCUCUGUGUCCUGAGGAAGAAAAACCUGGACCAUAAGCUGCUUCUGGCCUUCUACCGCUCUUCAGUGGAGAGCAUGCUCUCCUCCUGCCUGGUGUUUGGAAAACAAGAGCCAUCACAGGUGACCCCUUGCAUCGUGCCCACCCGCUGCCCUCUGGAUGACACUUCAGCACUGGGACCAACUGUGUGA